AUGGGACUGUCAUUCCCACUCUUCUUUGGGAAUGGGGAGAGGUUUGGGAAGGGGGAGCAGCAGAUCAGGGAAAAGUGGAGCUGGGGGGGCUCUGGGAAUGGGAGCUGGGGGGUUUUGGGGGCUUUUUUUGCCACCCUGGGGUGCUCCCAAUCCCCCAAAACCUCAUCCUGGGGUGUUCCAGUGCCCCGAAAUCCCACCCUGAGGAGCUCCCAGUGCUCCCAGUGCCCCAAAAUCCCACCCUGGGGAGCUCCCAGUGCCCCAAAAUCCAUCUUGGGCCAUUCCCAGUGCUCCCAGUGCCCCAAAAUCCCACCCUGGGGAGCUCCCAGUGCCUCAAAAUCCAUCUUGGGCCAUUCCCAGUGCUCCCAGUGCCUCAAAAUCCCACCCUGGGGAGCUCCCAGUGCUCCCAGUGCCCCAAAAUCCCACCCUGGGGAGCUCCCAAUCCCCCAAAACCUCAUCCUGGGGUGUUCCAGUGCCCCAAAAUCCCACCCUGAGGAGCUCCCAGUGCCCCAAAAUCCCACCCUGGGGAGCUCCCAGUGCCCCAAAAUCCCACCCUGGGGAGCUCCCAGUGCCCCAAAAUCCAUCUUGGGCCAUUCCCAGUGCUCCCAGUGCCCCAAAAUCCCACCCUGGGGAGCUCCCAGUGCUCCCAGUGCCCCAAAAUCCCACCCUGGGGAGCUCCCAGUGCCACCCUGGGGUGUCCCCAGUGCUCCCAGUGCCCCAAAAUCCAUCUUGGGCCAUUCCCAGUGCUCCCAGUACCACCCUGGAGCGUUCCCAGUGCUCCCAGUUCCACCCUGGAGCGUUCCCAGUGCUCCCAGUUCCUCAAAAUCCCACCCUGGGGUUCUCCCAGUCCCUAAAAAUCCACCCUGGGGUGCUCCCAGUACUCCCAGUCCAGGGCUUCACCCCAAACCCCAGGAAUUUCACAGGAUCCAGCCUCACCUUUGGAGGAGGAAUGAGCAGAUUCCAGCAACUCCCAGGGCAGGAGAUUCCCAGGAUUUUGGGAAUCACCCUUUGGAAUUAAAAAAAAAAAAAAAAAAAAAGCAGCUUUUGCUUCAUUUUAUUUUUAUUUUUUAUCCCCCCCUUUUUCUAAUUUUUAAUUUUAUUUUUUUUUUUUGGUGUGUGCUUAAUUUAUUCAAAUAGUGGCUGUAUAAUUUAUUUUCAUAAAUAUAUGAGAAAAGUUACUAAAUGGUUAAAAAAAAUAAUAAUAAAAAAAACCAAACGGA